AUGAGAUCCUUAAUAGUCCUCUCUGCAUGUAUAGCGACAACUCAAGCAUGCACUUGUGGAGCGUUUCCAACGUUAAAACAAACAUUCUGUGCAAUGGACUUCGUAUCUCAUGUUAAAGUUCUUGAACAAAACUCCGAUAAUUCGAAAAUGGUCAGCUUGCUAGUUUAUUCUGUCGAGCAUUUGGAUGUUUUUAAGAAACCACUUUCGGAUGAACUUUCCCGCAAAAUAAAAACACCGUCAUUAUCAGGUUUUUGUGGGGCUCGUCUUAAGGUCGGCGAGGAGUACUUGUUGGGAGGAAUGAUCGACAAUGACGGAGUUGCUAAUAUUUCACUGUGUGGCCUCAACAAGGAGUGGAAUGCAUUAGAACCGAAUGAAAAAGAGGAAUUGGCAACCUACACAUGCGAACAGAGCUAA